AUGAUUGGCGACUCAGUAGUCGGCGAAAUUGUGUGCCAAGGUUACGGUGAAAAGCUUCGAGUUGGUCUGAUAGAAGAAAGCGAUAAAUCGUCUUGGAUCAUCAAACGAAAGAUUGACAGCCUUGGCUGCAUGACAGUCCUCUGUACCCUCCCUGAAAUCCACCCCAACUUUAGAGUGAAUCAAAAGUUUAUGCUGGUGAAUGAGGGAAAUGUUAGUUUGCAAUUGCAUCUGGAUGAAAAUGAGCCAAUUUCUGGACAAAAUUCUUCAGAAUUCCACGUGUCGAUGGAGAAAACGAUACUGCCUCCUAAAGAAAAUGCUAUUUUCACUGUCUCCUUCUGUUCUGAGAAGGUAAAUAUUACUUCUUUGGCAAAGUUUUUUUUCUUUUGGUCCGCAAUCACCGAAGAUCGUGAGAGCGUUCGGCUCUCGUAA